GUUUCUUUCCUACUUUCAGUUUCAGUAGUUUGUUUUGACGACAUUAUUUAAUAAGAAACCAGAUUCUGGUCGCAUAUUCGGCAUUUUUUUUAACUGUUUUUGAAUUAGACAUUUGACAAAAAAUUGAGUCGUAUGUAAUUGAAUCGACUCCGAUACUUUGGAGUCGACUCCAACAAUUUUCGUUUACGAACACCCUGGAGUUGACGAACCGACUCUCAUUUGAAUAGACUGUUUUUGGAAUCGAUGCGUUUGCUUAUAAAACGGUUAAAGUAGGUGAAUGGCAGAGGCGAAUCACGGCACACUAGGAGAAGAUUUCACAUCCAGAACUGCUGAGCUGGAUGGAGAUGAAAAUGAAAUUGACGAAACCUCUGAGGUGUUCCUGAGUGUACUUGUACAUCAUGGUCAGGUCGGUCUCAGCUUCUACGACAGUAAAGAUUGUACUCUGAAUGUCAUGCCUGACACUGUGGAUAAUCGGGACCUUGCUCUGCUGGACCGAAUCAUACAGGAGCUCAGCCCUCGGGUCAUCGUCACCAGCGCCAAGCAGGAGAGAAGUCUGGCCCAGUUUCUCAGAGCACUCGGAUCAAAUCCAGACUACAUACCUGAAGUUGUAGUGCAUCCCAAUGCUGAUUUCAAACUGGAGGUUAGUAAGCAGAAGCUGCUGUCUGCACAUCUCCCUUUUCUCCCUCCAUCCAUCACAGAGAAAAACAGACUCCCGUAUCUGUCCUCCUGCAUCCCGUUUGACUCACUGUUAAUGAUGAGGACAAUUGGAGCGCUCCUGAAGUGCCUGGACAGGAGGAGAGUCGGGGUUGAGCUGGAGGAGAGCAGCAUGCCGGUUCCCAUCUUACAGCUUCUCACCUACACAAUAACUGAUGUGGUAUAUAUGGAUAAAGAUGCGUACAGUGUUCUUCAGAUCUUCAAAUUCGAGCUGCACCCUUCAGUUUACAAGCUGCAGUCAGGACAGAAGGAGGGGCUCAGUCUCUACGGAAUUCUGAAUCGUUGUCGAUGUAAAUUUGGUUCCAGACUUCUCCGGCAGUGGUUUCAUAGACCCACCAGAGACCUGAGCGUGUUGAGGAGAAGACAGGAGGUGAUUCGUUUCUUCACCACGCCUCGCAACUCAGAGCUCAUGAACACACUGCAGAGCUUCCUGCGCAAUUUCAAGAACAUCCCAGUCUUGCUGCGUAAAAUGUCUCUGUCUCAUACCAAAGUGGUCGAAUGGCAGAAUCUCUACAAGACUGUGUAUAGCGCAGUGGGGAUCAGAGACACUGUACGCUCUCUCCCCCAGACCAUCCAGCUCUUUCGCGAGAUCAGCGAAGGAUUCACAGACGAACUGUACCACAUUGCAACGCUCAUUAGCAAAGUGGUGGAUUUUGAAGGAAGUCAGGCUGAGAAUCGAUUCACCGUUAAGCCGAACGUCGACCCCAUCGACGAGAAGAAAAGACGAAUGAUGGGCUUGUCAGACUUCCUGACGGACGUGGCGCGUGCCGAGCUGGAAAACCUGGACUCGCGCUUUUCCUCCUGCAGUGUCAUUUACAUCCCUCUGAUCGGAUUCCUACUUUCAGUUCCCCGACUUCCUGCGAUGGUGGAGAAGGAAAACUUUGAGAUCGAAGGCCUUGAUUUUAUUUUUGUUUCAGAGGACCGGCUUCAUUACCGCAGCGCUAGAACUAAAGAGCUGGACAACAUGCUGGGAGACCUGCACUGUGAUAUCAGAGAUAUGGAGACGGCAGUGAUGACUCAGCUCCAGGCCACGGUCCUACAGCGCAGCAGCUGUUUGUAUAAAAUCUUAUCUCUGUACGCAGAGCUGGAUUGCCUCAUGGCUCUGGCCCAGGCGUCUCAGGACUACGGCUACUGCCCACCUACAUACAGCCAGCGGUGCACUCUGAACCUGCAACAGGCCCGACAUCCUCUGAUGGAGCUGUGCACUCCUGUAUUCGUAUCAAAUCCAUGCCUUUGUUCCGACAUGGAAGGAAAAGUGAAAGUGAUAACUGGACCAAACUCUUCCGGCAAGAGCAUUUAUCUUAAACAGGUGGGCCUGAUUGUGUUCAUGGCUCUGAUCGGCUCCGAUGUCCCCGCUAAAGAAGCGGAGAUCGGCCCGAUAGACGGAAUCUUCACACGCAUGCAGAGUCGCGAGAGUGUGUCUGUGGGCCUGAGCACCUUCAUGAUAGAUCUAAAUCAGAUGGCGCAGGCUCUGAACCACAGCACCGGGAUGUCCCUCGUGCUGGUGGACGAGUUCGGAAAAGGAACCAAUACUGUAGAUGGACUGUCUCUCCUGGCUGCAUGUCUCAAUCACUGGUUAAACAGAGCUCCAGCUCAAUGUCCGAUUGUUUUCCUGGCAACAAACUUUCACAGUGUCUUGCAGCUCGACCUUUUGCCUCGCUCUCCACUACUGUCCCUACUGACGUUAGAGACAGCAGUAGAUGGAGAGGAGUUGAUCUUUCUCUACCAGCUGAAGGAAGGGAUCUGUCAGUCCAGCUACGCCGCAAACAUCGCAACACUUGCCGGCCUUCCACCUGCUCUGGUUCAGAGAGGAGUAGAGGUAUCAGAUUUAUACAGAACAGGAAGAACCAUCCAAAGGAUUGACCAACCCUCCAGCGAAGAACUGAUCACCAGAUGUGAAAGUGUGGUGGAGAAGUUCCUCCAACUCGAUCUGGAUGAUCCUUCAACAGACCUACAGGGCUUUUUGAAAGACGUGCUGCUUCCCACCGUCGGAGACUCGCUUUAAUGGCCACAAAUUUCCUUAGUGAGUAAUGUAACACGGCUUUUGAAGCACAUGCCUGAUUUGUUCAGGAGUAUCACAGGAUAUUAAUUGAAACACUGUUAAAUGGAUUAGUGAUUAUUUGUGUUUAUGUAGAAACACUGAGAAGUUGUUUUAGGAAGAUCCCUGAGAGGUUAUACCGUGUUUUAACAGUGUUAGAAAUUAAGGUUAGCAAGAGAAUUUAUAGCAGUUGGUAGCGUUUUUUUUUUUUUUUUAAGGUAUAUUUCUAUUAGAAUGCAUCUUAUAUCUAUAUAUGUAUGUAUUUAUUCAUUUAUUUAUUAUGCCAUGGCUGUUGUUAUUAUUGCCUUCAAUGUUCUGUUUCUGAGAAAUUGUUCAUGUUUAGUUCUGAAAGUUCAGAGAAAUUUAAAUAUAUUUUAAUGAAGCUUUUA